UCGCCCUCUUCCGCCGAAAUUGUCAAGAUGACGUCAAAAAGGCGAAACAACGGACGUAGUAAGAAGGGUCGUGGACACACCAAACAUGUCCGAUGUACAAACUGUGCGAGAUGUGUCCCCAAGGAUAAGGCCAUCAAGAAAUUUGUGAUCAGGAAUAUCGUGGAGGCAGCUGCUGUCCGUGAUAUCUCAGAUGCAAGCGUAUAUGAUGUGUAUGCCCUUCCCAAGCUGUACGCUAAGCUACUGUACUGUGUGUCAUGCGCCAUCCACUCCAAGGUGGUGAGGAACAGGUCCCGUGAGGCCCGUAAAGACAGGACACCUCCACUUCGCUUCAGGCCCAUGAGGGACGGGAAUGCCCCAAGACCAGGUGGAGCUGCCGGUGGUGGCGGCGGAGGAAGUGGCGGCGGUGGUGGUGGCAGCGGUGGCGGUGCUCCAGCUGGACCACGUUAAACUCGACAGAUUAUAAAUAAAUGUCAAGACAAUGAAA